AUGUAUAAAAUAAUUGGCUUUGCUCCUGCGUUACUCAAAGUGGCUUUGGAAUGUUCUCUGGAUGUCAGCGUCCGUCAAGCUGCGGCCCUUUAUUUCAAAAACAACAUUUCGGAGUGGUGGAGAGAUCCUGAUCCUGAGAAACCGGGUGAAGCCCUUACUUUCAGUAUACACGAACAAGACCGCCACACGAUUCGAAACGCUAUCAUCGGCGCUGUCGUCUCAUCUCCUCUUCCUUUACAAACCCAACUGAAAACUGCGCUUUCAAAGAUCAUAAAGGCGGACUACCCCUCUCGGUUCCCCGAGCUUCCUGCACAGCUUAGACAUUUGCUUUCUUCAACUGAUCAGGAGCAUUGGCGAGGAGCCCUUGUCUGCCUUCACACCUUCGUGAAGGUAUAUGAAUACAGAAGGAACGAUGAUCGCAACAACAUCAUUGCAAUCAUGCGUGAAUUCUUGCCCAUUCUACAGAAUGCCAUGGUCAACUUGAUUUCUAAUAAAGCAGAAGAUUCUUUGGCUCUGCAACUCAUAAUCUUAAAGAUAUUCUUUGCGUUCAUCAAUUUCCACUUCCCUUUGGAUGCCAUGGAGAAGGAGGUAGUCUGA